AUGGCUCCAGCUGCUAUUUGCAUUCGUGCCACAAGAUCCUUUGGUGAUUCCACUGGUGUUCGCACACCAGGGCUUUCAAGUAUCCCCAGAAGUGAAAAUGCAAUGGUGGCACUUGCAUCGCGAACACUUCUAAGGACUGUCGUCAGUGCGAUCAGCAGAUCUCCCCCAGAAUUACUCAGGGAGAUAAUACUUGUUGAUGAUUUUAGCUCUAAAGAGCAUUGCAAAGAGAAGCUUGAUAAAUAUGUAGCUGAAAAUCUACCAAAGGUCAAAGUUAUUCACUUACCUGAAAGAUCUGGUCUUAUUCGGGCACGUUUGGCUGGUGCAAGAAAAGCAACUUCAGAUGUUCUUAUGUUCCUUGACUCACAUACAGAAGCUAAUGUUAACUGGCUUCCACCUCUCUUAGAACCAAUUGCAGAAGAUUAUCGUACUUGUGUCUGCCCUUUCAUUGAUGUCAUUGCGUAUGAAACAUUUGAGUACAGAGCUCAAGAUGAAGGAGCUCGUGGUGCUUUUGACUGGGAGUUUUUCUACAAGAGGCUGCCACUUCUACCUGAAGAUCUAAAACAUCCAACAGAACCUUUUAGGAGCCCAGUAAUAGCUGGAGGAUUGUUUGCUAUCAGCUCUAAAUUCUUUUGGGAACUGGGUGGCUAUGAUGAGGGACUUGAAAUCUGGGGAGGUGAACAGUAUGAGCUCUCUUUCAAGAUUUGGCAGUGUGGUGGACAAAUGGUAGAUGCACCAUGUUCUCGUGUGGGCCACAUUUACAGAAAGUUUGCUCCAUUUCCUAAUCCAGGGAAAGGCGAUUUUGUUGGAAGGCAUUAUAGGCGUGUUGCGGAAGUAUGGAUGGAUGAAUAUAAAGAAUAUUUGUAUAAAAGAAGACCUCAUUAUCGAAAGAUUAACCCUGGUGACCUCAGCAAACAAAAGGAACUCAGGGAAAGAUUGCACUGUAAGCCAUUUAAGUGGUUUAUGGAGGAAGUUGCAUUUGAUCUCCCAAAGAAGUAUCCACCUGUUGAACCACCAGAUUUUGCUUAUGGAGAGAUACGUAGUGUGGCUGCACCAGACUUGUGUGUUGAUACAAAUUUUGUUGGAACUGAAAAACCAUUUGGUUUGAAGGAAUGUGUGAAAGAUCGGAAAAAUGCCAAAGGACAGCAGAACUUCACAUUGACGUGGCAUAAGGAUAUUCGCCCCACGUGA